UGUACUUUAAUAUUUAUUAUUUCGUAUGGCGUAGACAUACCUAAUACCUAUUAUGCUUUUUUUGCCGAUGGUCAUCAUAUUUUAUCUGUAUUCUGUAAAUUGUAAUCAUUUUACAGUUAUUUGAAUUUUAGUCGUUUUAUGUUACACUUAGUUGUAUUUCUUUUAUUAAUGUAAAUACAACAGUCUUAUUAAAAUGUAUCGACGUAAUAUAAUUCCUGGUGGUGAAGAUUAUAGCGAUGAAGAUGAUUAUGAUGAUUACAAACCACGCAAUGUAAUUCCAGUCCAACUCCCAGAAGAAAACUUCCAUACUACAUUGCAAUAUGCAUGUCGAACAAAUAGUAUACCAGAAAUUGACCGUGCAUUAAAGUCCAAACGUGUCGGCAUUAAUGACUUUUUAGACGGGUCCUGGACUGCUCUAAUGCAUGCUUGUUUCAACGGAUCUCUUGAUGCUGUACGUUAUCUAUUAGAAAAUGGAGCUGAUCCUUUAAUUGCUUAUAAUUGUCAUAAUGUGAUUAUGUCUUUAUGCAAUUGUAAUGUUAUUGGUGUUGAAGAACAAUUAGUAAGAUGUUUAAAACUAUUAUUUGGUUAUAAUAUUAACGUGAACGCACAAGACAGAUCUGGAAUGACAGCCUUAAUGUUUGCUUGUUCUAAUAGGUGGAUAAAACUUGUUGAGAUCUUAAUUCAAAAAGGUUCUGAUCUUGAAACGACAAACCAUAAUGGGGAAACCGCUUUAUUUUUUGCUGUGCGUAGCAAUUCUGCUGAUAUUGUUAAGUUGUUAUUGACACAUGGUGCUAAUAAGGACGCUGAAGAUAAAAAACAUCAGACUAUUUUUAAUAUUGCAGAAAAUAAAGGCAUGAUUGAUAUUUUAAAUAUAUUGACUUUAAAUUACAGUAUGGACCUAGAAGAAAUGUGUAAUCCUGAUGAAUGUACUUAUUGGGAUCAAGUAAUGAAUGAAUUUAAAAAUGGAUUUAAUGAUGAUGUAAAGACAUUCUUGGAAAAUUUAUCAAUGGCUGUCUAUACAGACAAAAUUAAUUCAAAAUGUAUUACUUUUAAAGAUCUACUUACUAGUAAUGAAAGUGAUUUCAUUGAGAUGGGUAUAAUAUUAUCACCACAUCGAAAGCUCUUGGAAACUGCUAUAAAAAUUUUUCAUACUUUCUACUGGUCAAAACGUUCUUUAGGAUUCAUUAAGAAUGAAACAAAUGGUGAAAAUAUUGUUCAGAAUUUAGCAAAUAUUACAAGGCAACUGCAUAUUUUAGAUGCAUCGCUUAAAUAUUUGGGAGCGCACAGUUAUAGUUUAAAUACUCGCAAAGGCGAGGAUGCUUUGAAGUAUUUAACAAAAAUAAGCUCAACUGAACGCAAAAUAUUCAAAAUCCUAGAAAAACAAAUCAGAAUGAAGAAAGUGGAUUACAUUGGUCCCAGUAAAAUAAAAGUUCAAAGUCAGUCUUCCAUGGUCAAAUAUUUUUUAUUAGCGACUACUGCUGUUACAGUUAUUACAUUAUAUCAAAUUUAUAAGUAAUUUGAUACAUUAAUAAUAUAUUUUGUUUACUCUUAGUAGAUAAAAAUUUAAGACUGUUUUACAAUUAAUAAUGCAUUAUAUAUCAUUUUUAUACAAUACAUAUUAUUUUUCAUUCGUCACAUUUCUCAACUAAACAGCUGCUGCCUGUCCUAGUCCUCAACGACUUGCCACUGUAUAUAAGAAGUUGUUUUCUCUCUUAACACUUAAGUAUAAGUAUAAGUUAGAUUGAUUACGGCUAGUAAAUCUUACUUUUUUACCUCUUAAAACGACCAAAAUAUAAUUUUGUGGAAAUUAUUUAUAAAAUAAAAAUAAA